AUGGCGAUGGCGGAGGGUGGGGGCGACGAUCCGUCGCCGGACGACCGCCGUGAUGAGGGCCGUCCCCCCAGCCGCAACCUCAGCGGCACGCUGCUGGCGCUCGGGAAGAAGAUCACGGCGGCCGCAGCGGCGAUCGAGAGGGCGACCGGUGGGGUGAGCGAGUCGAUAUCGCGAACGGCAGCCUCGGCGGGGGAACUGCUGUCAGACAAAGAUUUGAGGCGCCAGGGGGCAUCCUUUAUAAUCAAGGAGGCGUCCAAGGGGCUGGGGAAAGGGGCCGAUUUGAUCAACAAGCAGAUUCAGAAGGGGAGGGGAGCGAUGCAGUGGGGUAUAUCGGAGGCGCCCAGGCACCUGCAGGCGGCCUUGGACAGGGUUCAGGCCAGGUUGCAUGCUCAGAGGCUGGCGGCGAUGCUAGAGGCUGAGAGGAACACGCCCGUGGACGUACAGAUAGGGAGGCAGGUGUACGAGGACGCGCCGCAGGACCUGAGGGGCCGGCUGUGGAUGGUCGUGCUGGAGAGGGGGGAGCUGAUUGAGGCACUCAGGGAGAUGCAUGGAGAAGGAGCAGGGGAGAGGGUGAGAUGGGAGGAUGUGAGCGGUCAUACGGGGGAGGAUGAUCCAGCCAGGGGGCGAAGAGAGCCCGAGGAGGAGAAUGAUGUGGAAAUUGUGGAGGAGAUUCAGAUGUGCGCGAUUCCUGGCCCUGGGGAGGGCAUGCCGCCGCAGCAGCUGCUACAGACGAGGCUCAGCGGUGGCAGCGGGGGGGGCAGCAUUCCCCGGCGGUCUUCGCGGGAGAUUCCGAGGCCCGGCGGCAGGGGUGCAGGGAGCGAGGCGGGGUCAGAGGGAUGGGAGGUGGUCGAGAGCCGCACGCAUCGGCUGGGGGGCUCUGGGGGCCGGGCGUCACCGUGCUCGCCCGCAGGUGCGGGCCAGCUGGACGAUGGGCAUCGGCGGGCGAUGCAGGAGGUGUUCGCGGCGAUGCUGCUGGUGCCCUGGCCGCUGCCGGGGGACUAUGCGCCUGACAGCCGGUACAGCACGUUGCUGCAGAUCACGGUGGGGCAGGACGAGGUGGACGAGAUCAUAUACAGGGACAUCCACCGGACCUUCCCCGAGCACCCCCAGUUCGCCGCCUCCCACGGGCAGAUGUCCCUGUUCCGAGCGCUCAAGGCGUACUCCAUCCACGACCUGGAGGUUGGAUACUGCCAGGGGAUGGCCUUUGUGGCGGGGGUGAUCCUGCUGUACCUUCCAGAAGAGCCUGCCUUCCGACUGUUCUGCCGGCUGAUGCAGCAGGAUGGGCCGAACUUGAGGCGGUACUACCUUCCUGGCCUGCAGUCUCUGCAGUGCGAGAUCUGGAAGUUUGAGUGGCUGCUGCAGCGACACCUAUCUGGCCUGCACGCCCAUUUGGAGGCCCACGGCGUGCCAGCACUGAUGUACUGCUCCCAGUGGCUGCUCACGGUCUUCUCCUGCCCCUUCCCGCCGGCUUUCUCUGCCCGCGUGAUGGACAUCAUGCUGUUGGAGGGCAAUGACGAUUGUCUGCUGCGCACAGCAAUAUCUGUCAUGGCCAACUGCUGUGAGGAGCUGGUGGACAUAGACGACUUUGAGGAGAUCAUAUCCGUGCUGAAGGUGGGGCCAAUAGACUGGCCAGUACGGCGCACGAGAAAGGUUCUGGAGCUGUCGCUGUCGGGGUUCAUCAAUGGGGAUGACCUGAGGGCUGCUCAAGAUGCGUGGGAGGCAGCGGAGGCGGCCGAGGUGGCAGAAGGGCAUGCCAAGGCCGUGCCUGCUCCGGAAAGUGAUAUGGAAGAAUUAGGAGAGGGCUGCUCUGUGCCAGAGGUCCAUUCAAAAGAUGCUGCGGACACAGAAGAUGAAGUGCCAAUGGCGCAUGGAGAGGGAGGGGCAGACGAAAAUGAUGGGGAAGAUGGUGCUGUGGUGACAGGCGGAGCAUCAGGACAGUGUUGUGACCAUUCGGUAGAGGGGUGUUCGACGGGCGCUGGGGAUAAGGCAGAGGGUGUCAAGGUAUCAGGGCAUGAACGUGUUGCUGUCAAGGAGAGUGGGGGCAAGGAAGGAAAAGUUAGGGGCGCAGCAAAAGAGAAGAGUGUCGCCAAGGUGAUGGGCAGCAAAGAAGGGUGCACACAGGUGGCACAAGGGGGGGCAGGGAGUGCUGAGGGGUCUUGA